CUGUUGAAUUUUUCCCCCCCAGUGAUGAAUCCUUUGGCUCCUAUAACCGCGUGUGUAGUGUGUUGAUCUAGUUGCAUGGCAACAGUUUAUAACUACCAUAACAUUCCUGAGUGUGUGGACACAGCUAGCCAACUCAAAGCGGGGAAAGAAUUUAUAAAACCUAAAUACUUAUUUUUUUUUUUAGACUUUAAAUAAAGGCUUAUUGCGUGCCUUUUAAUGUGUGUGGCAAUGCAGGACGAGAGGAGAAGAGAGGAGAUGAGCUGUAAACCAGACACGAGUGGAGAGUCCAGUAUAUGGUCAGAUUCCGGUCACUACACAACUAAACUAUAUAAUUCAACACAAUGGCUCAUAGGAGCAGGGGAAACUGCAAAGCGGAGGUUUCUCACAGGGAUUUUAGUGCGGUGUCAGAGUCUAGAGAUCCUGGAAAAUGUCCAGAAUGUGUUACAGGUGACUAUGGGGAAAGAUUUCACCUACACCAGGAGCCGCAUCAAAGUCGCGGACAUGGCGAGUGUUUCCAACACUAACUCAACUCCGGAUGCUAAAUUACUCGGACAGGACAUGUUGAACACAUGGGAAUGGUUUAGAAACAGCCAGAAGUUGACGAAAACGAAUUAUUUACUCGGACUCUUGGCUUUCUGCGACGCUGAGAUGUUGCACAUGCUGGGGAAUCUGGCGCGCGUGCUGAUAGCGCGAGAGAAACGCAAUUUGAAGUUCCUGCGGUGCAACACAGCUAAGGAUUCCAGCUGGAAUACAGUGGAGGAUGAAGUGCUCAGGGGUGAGAGGUUGAAGAACAGUGAUGCAGACUGGGAUGAUGUAGAGGAUCCUGCACUCAUGGUAGUUCCCAGGUCUUCCAAAUCCAUGUCAGAAGUCAGCCAACACCGAGACUUUAUUCGAGCACUUCCAGUCGGUCUGGCCAAGAGGAUUUUAGGCCUGUUGGAUAAGGCCUCACUACAGAGCUGUAAACACGUCUCCCAGCACUGGCAGUACUUAACCGAGGAGAUAGUAGCAGAGCACAGUGUGAAAGAGAUGGUGGAGAACCAGGCUGUGAUACUGCAGGGAAUUCCUUCUGUAGAUAACUCUUCCUAUGCCGGGAUCCGUGAGGUCCUAGUGCCCCUAAGAAAAGAGGAGAUGUACCUCCAAACUAAGAAGAGUUUCCUAAAAAAUAAUGAGGAUAUCAGGGGCUUUGAGUCAGUCUAUUCAAAGAUUAAAACCAAGGUUGUGGAGAUGGAGGAGAGGAAUGUGUACUGUGGGCUCUACAACAUUUUAAUUGUGCUGGACAGAGAAGACCCCAGUAGAGUGAUCCAUUAUGACGGAGGCAGGAUGGUGGUGCUGGGCGCCAAGGACCGAACUGUUCGUCUGCUGGACACCGUGCUGUUGAAGGAGGUUCCCCCGCUGAUGCACGGCCAUGCGGGCAGCGUGAGAGCAGUGCUGGUGUGUGAGGAGAGAGAGCUGGUGAUCAGUGCCAGCUAUGAUCUCAGCAUCCGAUGCUGGAACAUGAAGACCGGUGCAUGCGUGAUGCUGUUCUCUGGACACAUGGGCACCAUCACCUGCCUGGACCUGCACGGACACCAUCUGGUCUCCGGAUCCAGAGACUGCAAAGUCAAAGUGUGGAGCCUUCAGACUAGUCAGUGCUACGACAGGAUGAGGUUUCGUCACCGUAAGCCUGUAGUGUGCGUGAAGACCGACUCGUCUCUGGUGCUCAGUGGCUGUGAGGGAGGACUGAUCAAGGUGUGGGACAUGAAGACUGCAACCCUUCUAAAGGUCACACAGGGUCACCAAGGCUCUGUGAAGUGCCUGUUCUUCGACCAAUUUCACAUCUUGUCCGGAGGAUCCAACGGACAAGUGAUGGCCUGGAGCACUGACCGUGAUUUCAAAAAGUGCCUCAUGACCUUCCAGCAUCCACGGGAAGUGCUGACAUUGUCUUCACUCUUCCUGCGAGUCAUCACCGGCUGUGUGGAUGGAAGGAUUCGGAUCUUUAACUUGCUCAGCGGGGACUGUCUUCGAAUCAUCAAAAUCGGGACAGAUGAAAGUCCCAUACGUUCUUUACACACACAUCAUAAUACUAUCGUGGUGAACAGCAGCAGUCGAGUUUUGUUUUUGCAGUUUGCUCAGCAGCAAUGGGAUUACACUGCACCGUCAGAAAGGAAGUGCAUCACUAGUCACUCACUUCCUCGUCCUACUCACCCGGUUUUAGCAAGCUCAUCUAAAGCAAAGAAGAAUGAGAGGAGAUCCAGAACACCAUCUCUCUCCCAACGGAUGAGGAGCCUCUCAGCUCCCAGCAUGCAACCCUCACAUGAAAAGCGAUACGCAACCCAGAAGUGUGUGAUGACCCCAAGUGAGAGAGCAGUGCGAGAACGAGUGAGGAAGAGAGGCCCCCAUCAGCCCAUCACAACUACCCAGAUUCUUCUAAAGGUCCGUCCUAGUCGUCAAACUGAGCGUAAAGACCUUGCAACCUCCAACAUGAAGCUGAACGCCGCAGUACGAGAUGCUUGGGGACCUGCUCCAACCACAGCGUCAUCUCCUCCUCCAGCUCCCAAAGCUUCAAAACGGCCACAAUCAACUCCUAAACCAUCCUCAUUUAAAGGCAUGCUAAAAAUAUACACUCCUUUGAAAUCCCAUACACUGGACCUGAACCUCCAGCAUUCCCCGCAUCGCAGCAUCCCAUCUUCGCCGUUAAUGCAGACUUUUCCUAAACCCAGACGACCCCAGACAGCCUGCAGAGCACGCCAAGUCGGCUGCUCCAACACCACCACCACCACAACCACCAGCCAAGAAGAUAUCCAGAGCUCUGGAAACACCUUCUUGAGGACUGAGUUGAAACACGUGGGCAGCUAUGUUGGUUUUGAGAUUCCUGGAAAAUACAGACCCCAGAAUCCGCUGGAUCCGUUCCGAGAGAGUGGAGGCUUUCAGCUCAGGACAGACACGCAGCUGGAGGAAUACAAGCAGGCGCAGAUGCAAGCAAGCACUUACACUCUCUCAAAGGAAGAGAAGAAGAGGCAAUGCAGGACAACCUGGAAAACGAAUGCUAAAGUUACUCCAAGUAAAGCUUCAGAGCUGGAAGAGGAACCAUUCACCUAAUAUAACCAACACUUUGUAUUAAUUAAUACUGAUGUUCUGCUCACAUGCAAAUAAACUGCCAUAUGCUGUAUAGAAAAAGGAUCUUAUUCCACCAAACACCAUAAAAUAUGCAGAUUUAAUUCAAGUUCACUGUAUGGCUUUAAUAGGAAGGUAAAUAAUUGUAAUUUGUAAAGGUUUAUACACAAAUAUCAGUCUAUAAAUAUGAAUGUAUAUGCAUUUUAGAAAGACACCAACAUAUUCCUGCCAUUACAGAAACCUUUAUAACACUAAUGUUAGAUUACUAAGCUAGUCAGCUACCUAGUUAUCCACUAGUAAGAAACUAACUUAUAUUCAAAGACAACUAGUCACUAAAAGCAUUUCAGAAUUUGAAUUUUAAAUAGUUGUGUUAAUCAGACUAUAUAAAAGGAAUCAACCAAGAGGAGUAAGAACUCAUAUCUGAGACAACCAUAGCAUCUUUAUGGUAUUUUUUGGUUAAUUUGAAGAAUUAAUAACUGUAGAUGAGUUGAUGAAUGUAGAGAAGAUGAACAGUAGAGUAGAUGAAUGGGCAGGUCCUGCUUUUACACCCACUGACCUGAGUCUAGCUGAUGAUACUGCUGUUAAAAACACAGCCGUUUUUUUUUGUCACAUAAUUGAAUAAAAAU